UGACGAUGCUGCGUGCGCAGCUUCAGUCUGGAGUCGCUCGCGACAACGAGAGAUAAAUAGAAGCCUUAUCGUUUUAUUUGAGAGGAUUCCGGCUCUCUUACCCCGGUCCCGGUCUCGGAGAGCCGCUACCGCCCCGGUCUGCGUCUAGGGCAUAAUGGAUGAUACCUGUCUCUAGCACUUGAUGAAGAUUUCGAUUGACCCCUGAAACUGAACCAUGGAGGGUAGCGAUGAAGUGUCUGUAACCAUGACACAGUCCCAGACAGACGUGUGCAGCGCUGACGUGGGAGGGGGAGAAAUCCCCAGUAAAGUGGAGGAUGGAGUAAACCCGCUCAGUCCGGCUGAGUCCUGCGGUGGCAGUGUGACAGGACUGAGCAAAGGCGGGCUCUCUAACCGCGUGGAGCCCCCUGCACCCCCAGUUGUGAGCCCCACUGCUGAAUCUCCGGGAGGCGUGGCGCUUAAAGUCGCCACGACCGUGCUGCACCCGGUGUGCCUGGGGGACAGCCCUCUGAUGCUGCCCAUUCACCUCCAGAUGGCCGGAGCAGCCGGAGCGCAGCUCGGCCAAAUGGGGGCAGCACCAUACUUGAUAACAAGCCAGAGCCCUGUUUCACUUCCUCUGGUCCUGGAUCAGCAGGUCCUCCAGCACAUUGGCCCCUCUGUGAUUCCUCAGAGCACUAACUGCCCUCAGCUGCCCCUCCAGAACAACGUCCUGUGUCCCAACCUGUUUGGUUUGCCUCCAGCGGUGGACCAGAAGACAGCAGGACAGACGCAGGAUGCUAACCUUCUCUCUCUCCUGCAGAAUCCAGCUUUUGCGGCCAUCCUGCAGGAUCUCUUCCCGUCCCAGGCCAGUUCAUCGACCUGUCAGUCACCGGGCUCCGCCUUCUUCCCGCUUCCUCCCCUCACAGCUCCCUACAGCUCCCCUCUCGCCCCGUUAGUCCCUCCUGCCACACUGCUAGUCCCCUACCCUGUCAUCAUCCCCCUGCCAGUGCCUCUGCCCGUCCCUCUUCCCAUCCCGAUCCCCGUCCCUCAGGCUGAGGAUUCGAAGGGAAACAUGCCAAAACCGGUUUGCACUGUGAGUAAAAGCACUCAGACGUCUUCAAAAGAUACUACCUCUCCUUCGUUGUCUUCACGCAAAUGUAUGCCAUCAUUCCAGCCGCCAAAUGUGUCCCCGUCCUUGCUUCCUGUAGAUGAAGGACAGGCUCUGGACCUUUCUGUCAGAGCAUGUCCAGUUGAACUAAAACAGGAGUUCCCCAGUCCUCAGCAGGACAGCGUGCUUGACUUGUCAGUGCCCGCUGUGAGGAAAAAGUGUGUUCAGUCCGACAGAGAAGCAGCGUUGCAUUCUGGCCAAGAUGCUAGCGGCACUUCUUUGUCUCUGGGUGUUGAAUGUACUCAGAGUCUAGAUUCCAAACUCCUGGGCAGUCUGGCUUCACUGGAGUUCAGCCGGCAGCAUAAGUGGGUGGUUGACAGCAGUGCCGGUGGGUCGAGUUCUCUGAGUCAGCAGGCGUCUCUGAGCGGAGCCGGCAACCUGGAGAUAGUCAGCACCUCGCAGACGGCCAAAGUCAUUGUCUCGGUGAAGGAUGCCAUCCCCGCCAUCCUCUGUGGAAAGAUAAAAGGCCUGUCUGGAGUCUCCACCAAGAACUUUUCCAUCAAACGGGACGGCAGCCAGGGGCCGUCCCUGCAGCAGCUCUACGGAGUGCCGUCUGCGUCCCACGGCGAGCAGCACGACCCCAACAACCCGCAUAAGAAGCUCCCGAAGAACAGAGCAAUCAAACUGAAGAAGGUCAGCUCGCAAGAGAUCCAUUUCCUGCCCAUGAAGAAGCAGAGACUUGCAGCGCUGCUCCCCAGGAAGUGAGGGUGCUCAGACCAGGAGGAUUAAUUGCUUGGACCGCUCUCUGGUAAUCCCUCCACAGCGUGUGACAUAAAACACGUGUGGGGACAUUUCUGUGAUCAAACUCAUACUCUCCGAAUGUUGCAUAAGCUGAGGCUCAUGAAUGUCUGAUAGUGUGACACAGA